AUGUCAAAAUUAAAUAGGGACAUCAUUUUUUAUAUUUUUCAAGAUCUAAUUGAUUUCACUAAUAUGAAUUUAAACAAUAACAAAAAAUAUAGAAAAUCUCUAUUUUAUUGUUUAUUAGUUAAUAAACUUUGGUGUGAAAUUAUGAUACCAAUAUUAUGGAGUUCUCCAUAUAAAUAUAUUUGUAAAAAAGAAUUAUUUUUUAAUAUUAUCAUUUCACAUUUAUCAGAUAAUUCAAUUAAACUUUUGAAAAAUAAUUAUAUCAUCAAAUCAAAUUUUCAAAAGCAAAAACUUUCAUUUAAUUAUAUUAAAUUUUGUAAAAAUCUUAAUGAUAUUCAUAAGGUUUUACCAAAUGAUUCAAUAUUAAAGAAAGAAAUUUAUAAACUUUUUAUUAGUGAAUGUUCUAUAAAAUGUUUAAGUUUAAAUAUGAUAUAUUAUCCAAUAUUUCAAUAUCCAGGAGCAAAUAUUUCUCUUUCAAAUUUAUAUGAAUUAUAUUGUAAUAUAAGAGAACAAAAUUUUUAUCAUGAAUUGGCACAAAUAUGUAGAUCAAUAGAAAAACUUUAUAUAGAACUUGAUGAUUAUGAUCUUUCUGGAAUUGUUGAAUUAAUUGAAAUGCAAAAACAUAUUAAAUACUUAUAUAUAGAAGGAUAUUGUGAAUGCCAAAAGAUUGCUCAGGCUUUAGAAAAACAUGUAAAUUCAAUUAUUUAUUUGGUAUCAACUAAGUAUACAUCUUUUUUAUAUUUUCUCUUUCCAAAAUUAACAAAUUUACAAUUCAUAAGAAUACGUAAUGGGGAUAAUAUUAAUAAUUAUGAACCAAUUAAAAAAUUUGAGGAAUACGCAAUGGAUGCAAGUUAUUAUAAACUUCAAAUACUUGAGUUAUAUAAAAUAUCACUUUAUAUUGUAAUUAAUAUUAUACAAAAUACCAAUGGAAAUCUUUGGAAAAUUAAAAUUAGAAUUCCUAGUUAUGAUCAAGCAAAAGAAUAUAAUCAGACAAUCUACAGAUAUUGUCCAAAUAUAAAAUAUGCAACAGUAUUUUUAAACAGAGAUGAAACUUUGGAAGAAUUAAAGAAUAUUUUCAUCAAGUGUCAAUACUUGGUAGCAAUAGAUAUAGAUGAGUUAAUUUUGGAAAAAUAUCGUGAUAAAUUUCUGGAUUUGUUGAUUGAAUUGGCACCACUCCCUUUAUACAAAAUUCACAUUGAUCGAUUUAGGUAUUUUAAUAAAGAAUCUUUAAAAUUAUUUUUUAAUAAUUGGAAUUGUAAAGGUAAAAAAACUUUGCAUUUAUAUCAUCGUUUUGUUGAAGUGCAUAAUUUUAUUAAAAAAUAUAAAAUAGAAGGUAUAAUUGAAUGUAAUUAUUAUGAUGAUGAUUUUUGGAAUCAUGAAAUUACAUGGCCAGAUAUCGUAAAGGAUAUAUAG